UGUCCUUACUUGCUCUUCACUGUGAGGACUGAACGUGGGAGGAGGCAGAAGGGAGAGCAGGAGCAAGAAGGGGCAACAAGAAAAGGAAAAAGAGGAGUAAGCAGUAUGUUAGGCAUGUAAAGAGGUUUCAAGAAAAAACAUCUCAAACUGUGGUUUGCAUAGGUGUUGGGCAGCCUCUUUUUUUUCUAGCCUCUGCUGUGCUGCACAACCUGGACUAAGGGACCAUGUGGAGGAGGUGGACUCUUCCCUGCUUCCCAGCUCUGCUGCUGGGGCUGAUGGGGCUCCUGGUGUCGGGCGCCGACUUCCAGCAUCACAAGUACGAGGACAUGGUCCGAGCCCUGUUUGCAGUCCAGAACGAAUGCCCGUACAUCACUCGCAUCUACAGCAUCGGGAGAAGCGUGGAGGGGCGCCACCUCUACGUGCUGGAGUUCAGUGAUAACCCGGGCAUCCACGAAGCAUUGGAGCCCGAGUUCAAGUAUGUGGGCAACAUGCACGGCAACGAGGUGCUCGGCCGCGAGCUCCUCAUCAAGUUCUCCCAGUUCAUGUGUGAGGAGUACCGGGCCGGAAACCAGAGGAUCAUGAGGCUGAUUCAUGACACGCGCAUCCACAUCCUGCCGUCCAUGAACCCUGAUGGCUACGAAGUGGCAGCCAGACAGGGUCCAGAGUUCAACGGCUAUCUGGUGGGCAGAGGGAACGCCAGGGAAAUGGAUCUGAACAGGAACUUUCCAGACCUGAAUGCUCUCAUGUACUACUACGAGAAAACCAACGGACAAAACCACCACCUGCCUCUGCCAGACAACUGGGAGCAGCAGGUUGAACCAGAAACCUUGGCCGUCAUCAAAUGGAUGCAAAACUACAAUUUUGUCCUGUCAGCUAAUCUCCACGGAGGAGCCGUGGUGGCUAACUACCCCUUCGACAAGUCAAGAGACUCCCGCAUUCGAGGAAGGACCACAUAUGCUGCCACUCCAGAUGACAAGAUCUUCAGGAAGUUGGCGAGGACCUACUCGUACGCUCACAGCUGGAUGCACAAAGGCUGGAACUGCGGAGACUUCUUUGAUGAGGGAAUCACCAACGGAGCCAGCUGGUACUCUCUAUCCAAAGGCAUGCAAGACUUCAACUACCUGUACACCAACUGCUUCGAGAUCACGCUAGAGCUGAGCUGUGAUAAGUUUCCACCAGAAUCAGCGCUGCCCAGAGAAUGGCUGGGCAACCGAGAAGCACUGGUAUCUUACCUGGAAGAGGUGCAUCAUGGGAUAAAAGGCAUGGUGUAUGAUGAAAACAACAACCCUAUUGGGAAAGCUGUCAUCUCAGUGUCUGGCAUAAACCAUGACAUGACCUGCGGGGUGGAUGGGGACUAUUUCAGGCUCCUGUUACCGGGCACCUACACAGUUACGGCCACUGCACCAGGUUACCUCCCUUCCACGAGCACCGUCACAGUGGGACCAGCAGAAGCCAUACAGCUUCAUUUUUACUUGAAAAAAGCUCCAAAACAAAACUUGAAGGGGAAGCACCACAAUAACAAGAAGAAUCUCUCAGGAAACAAGAUCCCAUUAAAGCUCGGCCCAAGAUGAGACACGGACAAUAAUUCAAACUGCAUACAAACAUAAACACACACACACACACACACACACACACACUCAUGUACACACACACACACACAUAAAACAAACACAAACAUACCAUUUAUGUAAAUGAUAAACAUCCAAUAUAUAACUGCAUAGCAUUAGUCUAAUGUGUGUCAAUCCUUUAUGUUUAUUGUCGAACAUUAUAAACUGUGUGUCUGUAUUAAGGAAUUGUUGCAAGCUUGCUGUAUUUAUGUAGCAGUUUUGUAUGAACACAGCUGACCUGUAUGUAUGAAAAAAAAGUUCUGUUUUGCUUAUGAUAAUUUGAUGACAACUGAAAAAAUAAAAUAAAAUGUUUUUACCAUUA